CUCACUCUCUAGCUAACAUCAGAACCUCUAGUCUCUGACACCAUGUGCAACUCCUCUUGUGGCUCCUGCUGCUCUGGCCAGGGCUAUGGCUGCUGCCAGCCCAGGUGCUGCCAGACCACCUGCUGCAGGACCACCUGCUGCCGCCCCAGCUGCUGCAGGCCCUGCUGUGUGUCCAGCUGCUGCCGCCCCUCUUGCUCUGGUGGGUCCAGCUGCUGUGGCUCCAGCUGCUGCCGCCCCUGCUGCUGCAUCUCCAGCUGCUGCCGCCCAUCCUGUGACUCCUGCUGCUGCCAGACCUGCUGCCGCCUGCGUCCAGUCUGUGGCAAUGUCUCCUGCCACACCACUUGCUAUCGGCCCACCUGUGUCAUCUCCACCUGCCCCCGCCCCAUGUGCUGUGGCUAUGGCUGCUGCCUGCCCAGGUGCUGCCAGACCACCUGCUGCAGGACCACCUGCUGCCGCCCCAGCUGCUGCAGGCCCUGCUGUGUGUCCAGCUGCUGCCGCCCCUCUUGCUCUGGUGGGUCCAGCUGCUGUGGCUCCAGCUGCUGCCGCCCCUGCUGCUGCAUCUCCAGCUGCUGCCGCCCCUCCUGUGACUCCUGCUGCUGCCAGACCUGCUGCCGCCUGCGUCCAGUCUGUGGCAAUGUCUCCUGCCACACCACUUGCUAUCGGCCCACCUGUGUCAUCUCCACCUGCCCCCGCCCCAUGUGCUGUGCCAUCCCUGACUGCUGAAUCUUGUCUUUGAACACCCCAUCUCCUUAUCUCCUCUCCCCCACAGAUGUAGACCUUCCUUCUAAAAAAAAAAAAAAAAUGUCAUGCCCUAGAGAAUUGAUCUCCUGAGUCUCAUAAGCCAAUCUGAUUCUUAGUUAUUCUGAAUAAUCCACUUCCUGAAUUUUGUCCAAACUCCUCACAUUGCAAAUGAAUUCACUGAGGAUCUCCUCAUAAUUUAACACAUUACCUCCAGCAUUUUCCCCUUUAUCUUCAGGACGUCCAUUCGUCAUGCUUAAAGAAUUUGAGAUUGCUUCUGUCACCUGUAGGGCCGUAGAUGUUUAACAGUUUAACACCUCUGACAUUGAAAUCCAAUCAAGUAUCACUUUAUGUUCCUUUGCAAGGAUUUUCUUGUACCUUGUUAUUCCUAUAUGAAAAAAAUAAACUUCCAUUCUAUUGUCA